CUGAGAAACCGAGCCUCAACUAUGAACUUCCCAACAACGCUCCAAAGACAAAGUUUGUCUAAGGAAUAUCCAGAGCCACAGGCUUCCAAUAUGAGGUAUCCGGCCAGCGUACCGUCACCGCAGCCACAAGCAUAUGCCUCUGGCUAUGGGAAUUUUGGCGAUGCCACACAAUUCAAUGCCUCACGACAAGCAAUUCACCAACAACAUUACUCAGCUGAGCAGUUACAGUAUCACCAACAACAACAACAACAACAACAUCUUCAUUAUAAUAACACUUUCAACAGUAGGCUAAUUGGUGAUGGCCCCAAUCAUAAUGUGUCCAGUGGACCAGUUUCGAGUAUUUACAGUAAUCGUGCACGAUACUUUCCCUAUCCGCAUAGUCUGCCGCAGCAUUCAUUGCGUGGCAUGUAUACACCUGCUGGCCAGCAGUUGAUACCAUCCAGCGUUUUGCAUUAUCCGCCCCGCAGUGAGGCCUAUCAACCAAACGCCCUGGCAUUGCAACAGCAGCGUGCUGUAUUGACACAACCAUAUGCGUCGGCGCCACACACCCAACCGCAACUGCAACCACAUUUACGGCAACAGCAGCAACCGUCACCGCAAGCACAAUUGUCGCAUCAUCAAACCGCAUUUGGGGGCAAUGAAUCACAAAUGCGGCAUUACGCUGACGCCCUCAAUACAACACAGCCAACAUACAGGCAAGCAACGAGUGAAACGCCGCAUUUGUUGAUGCAUUUAAAUAGUAGCAGGUCUCCACCUGCAACUCCAAUCCAAUCUCCAUCGUCUCCAGCUGCCACGCAGAUCGCUCGAAACGUGUCUCGGCCUCCGUCAGCUGAUUGCAAUACUUAUUCACAGUUAAAACAUCACUACCGGGAGUCGCUCAGUUCGCCUACUCGCGCCCACACAUUAUCCAACGAUGAAUUGCUUACAGCAAAUAUGUCAAAAUCUCAACAGAGCGCACCACAAGCUCAGCGAUUGCCUGGAUUGCAAAUACAAUCUGCUUCAUGCACUUCUUCCGAGUUGCCAACAGUGAGUGAAGACGCACAAGAUAGCCCACGAGAUUGUCAUGAGGAAAAACAUCUUCAAGCUGGUACGUCUCUUGCACUCAGCAAUAGUAACGGUGCAUUCACACCGCGACAAACGGCGAGUAGCGAAUGCUUGACCACUUCACCGCCAUUAAUAAGCGCCACCGGCACGGAUAGUGGUAUCAGCAUCAGCAGCUGUAGCACUCGCGCCCGCAGCGAUAGCACACAAAGUACACCAGUUUACAACGGUGAAUACCCAAUGUCGGUGGGCUCAUCCUCGGGAGUGUCAUACCAAUGCGCGGAUAUAAAGGAUUUCGAAGAUUUCGGCAGAGAAAAAGAAGAGAUUACAGCUUGUGCGCCUCUCAACGAAAAUGAAUUUUUAAAAUGCAAUCAGGAAAUCGUUGAAAGUGAUAUUAAUGUGGGACAUACAGUGCCUGGUAGGAUAAAUGAGAAAAACUCAGCCAAUACGAAAGAACCAGACAUAGACCGAAAGUUCUUUAAUGAGGAAACGAAGCAAUGUGAUGACAAAGCAGAGGAAACAGACAAAUCGAUUAAACUUUCGGUAUCGGCUAAAUCGUUACAAAUUGAUUCAACAGAAACUAAAAAUAAUGCAGAGGAGCCCCCAGAUGCCACUCGCACAAAAGAAUCCCUUCAUGAGUUAGCUUCAAAUGCACAAGAGGGAAUUUCCAGAAAUAUAGAAAUUAAAAGUGAACCUAAAGAAGGUCAGGAACAGCCUCCCCAUCAACAGCAAACUCAUAAGCACCACCUGGAAAGUGUUCACGCUGUGGGAGAAAUUGUUGAAGGCAUCGCUUCCAGUAAUAAUAACAAACGCGCCCCGCCACCGACCACACCACAAAGUCAACCACAUUUGGAGCCUACUGCGUUGCAAGAACAAGAACUACCGUCUCCGCCCGUGCCACCAGCUCCACCGCAAAAUUCACCAAUCGAUUAUUGUCGAACAACCAGCAUCGCAAACAUGAAUCCAUAUGCCUAUGUGCCACCACCAACGACACAAUUAAAAGCACCGACGUCAGCGGCUGCUGCAGCGGCAGCGGCUGCAGUUGCGGCGGCGGCGGCAGCAGCUGCUGCGUCAAUACGCACGAACAAAAAUCGCAUUAUGGAAUGUGACCUAAUACCAAGCAGAAAAUCGAAACGGAAAUUGAACCCCAUUUCGGGAAAGUGGCAAAAGGAUAAUAUGGGUGGCGAAGCGAGCGACAGUACGAAGGAGAAGAGGGAUAUGACUCCGCUGCCCGGCUUCCAACAAGCCUUUGGCUCCACUGAAAUCGGUCGUUUUUUCGAGACAUUUUUACUGAGUCCGCCGGACUGCCACAGCUUCACUGACAACUACGAGCCUCUAGAUGUCGAGGAACCAUGGCAGCAAGCUCAUCAACAUCAACAACAGCAGCAAUACCAGCUACAAAUUAAACAGGAACAGGAACAACACGAACUUAAUCAGUUACAACAAUACAAGCAGCAGCAGCAACAACAACAACAGCAACAAUAUGCACAACAAGACUAUAUUAAUCGGAGAUAUGCAGAAAAUAACAAUUACCAAUCACUACAUCAACGACUGUAUCCACACUACCCACAUCCACCACUACAUCCCGCACACCCGUACCACCGAGGCCAGUCAUACCCAUACCCCAUUAGUGCUAACAGUAACCACCGCGAUAUGUGGAUGUACGGCCGCAACGCCCUCAAUCCUUAUGUGAUGCCUUUCGAAUAUGGUGCUGCCAGAUCGGCUAGCAGCUCGCCCUCGUCGCCUUAUCAAAUGCCUUUGAAUUUGCGAUCAGGUUACGGCUCCGCAUACGAUGGGAGAGGUUACACCUAUGGGCGUAUGAACGGUACUUACAGUGGCAUACGUUGUAAUGGCUAUUGAAAUAAGUUUGUACAAUAGGUUUUAUGUGAGGAAAAUAACCGUUAAACAUAAUUACAAAGAAAUUUUCAAAAACAUUAAUAAUUUAUAGAGUCAAGUGAUAAGUUAGUUCUUCAUGCAUAUGUACAUAUAUAUGUAUAUAGGAUCAUUGGUAUGAUCAGGUGAAAAGUUAAUACAAAUAUGUGCCUUUUCGGACAAAAUUCUGGAACGUCGUCUUCAGUUCAAAAUAACAGUAUGCAAACAAUUUGAUCAAAAUUAGUAUAAAAUUAAAGUGAAGUGUAUAUAUGUAUGUGGAGAUAUAACACGAGAAUGCAAUGAAUGAAAUUGCUUUUAAUCGCUAAAGGAUACAAAAAUAUCAAAAUAAAGCAAAAUUAAAAAAGUACAACUGAGAAAAAAUACUCGUAAAAAAAUUAAAUGUAAAAAAAUUGCGAAAUUGAUUUAAACGAGUGCAAGCAUUUUUCAAUAAACCUCAAAAAAACGAGAGGAGAGAAUAUUGAUGCUUAUGUAUAACAUUUUUUCGAUAUAGUUUUCAUUUUUUUAUGACACUUUUCCCGGUCUAAGUUGAUAAACUGGAAAACUAUGCUAUUUAUGCAUAGAAAGCGAAGCGAAAAAGCAAAUGUCAAAUAGUAUUUGACGAGUGAAAAGGUUUAGUUUCUUUGAAGGUUUAGUUGGUUUUAGUCAUCGUAAAGGAAGAGUAGAGAAACUAUCAACUGAUAAGAAGCAAACAAAGGCAUACCUGAGCGGUAUCCGUGGAGAAAUGUCAAGGGGAGUCUGAGGUUGAAUUUCUAUAGACAUGCAAGAUGACACAUUUUUGAUAGAAAAUGGUUGCACUUUGUUUUUUUUUUUUUUUUUAAAGGAAAGUUGUCCCAAAAUUAUUGGUUAUAUAUAAAACUUUAUAACUUUAACAUUAUAUUAUGCGAUGGUUUUAGUUAACGCCACAACAACUUCACCAAAGUCACAGACAUGUGUUGUAUAUUUAUAAACCAAAAAACAAUUAAACAUCACACUACAUAUAAGUAAGCAUUAGGAGUAAAACUGAAUAAAAAGAAACUUUGUCUGCAGCACUUGCAUUAAAAACACGAGGAAACUGGAGCAGAAGUCAAAAGAAACAAAUUCCAAUAGGCAAAAAAAUAAAUAAUAAAUUUUUAACUUAAGUGAAAACAAUAAAAAAAAACUCGUAUGAUCAUGAAUGUGCCAUUUAAAUAUUUAAUUAUCGAAUAAUAUUAUACUCCAACUUCUCUAGACAAUUGAAAGUAGUCAAAUUUAUGUGAAUUAAGUGUAAAUGCAGAACAUGAAGUUUCAUGUGAAAAACAUGCGCUUGCAUGCAAAACAUUUGUCUGUACAUGCAUGACAAGCGGCAAAUUUAAAACGAAAAUUGUUACAAAGAAAGAAUUUAUAUAUGUAUAUACAUAUAUAUAAAUGCAUAUAUGUAUAUAUGUAUGAGUGUAUUUAUUUGAGUUUAUUACUUUUUGUAAUAUUAAUUGCAUAAGAUUUAAACGAAUUUUUUUAAAUAUAAAUAUAUUUUUAACUUAUCUACUUACUCACA